AAGGGAUUUCUUUGAUAUUGUACGUGGAACAUAAAAUUUUUUGUUUAAAGUCUGACGCAAAAAUUUUGAUUCACUGAAAAUUAAUUUGCACUUGAAGGCCUUAAUCGCCUAAAAGGCCUUAAAUCAUACAAAUAUAACAGAAAAUAUUUUCGCGCUUAAUUUUCAAAUGGGACAUAAACAUGAAAUCGAUUUUGAUUGGUCGAGAUAAAAUCACGUGCGUUGUUUGGAAAUUGCAAACAAAAAACAACAUUUUUCUCCUCCUGCAUUAGACUCUAGACUCGAAUAAGAUUAUAAAAAUUGACAAGUAAUUUAAUGGACCAGAAAAUUUAAAUUGAAAAUUAAAUCAUUAGGGAAAAAUUCGAAAACUAAAAGAAGAAGAGAAAAAAUUAAAUGAGACGAAAUUUUUUAUCGAACUGCUUUUUCUCGUUUUUAUGAUGCAGAUGUCAAAGGUCAUGAUGAAUUGUCAUAAAACUCGUUUUCUUCAACGGAUUAUUACACUGCCAUUGUUUCUAAAAACUGCACCAUCAUUGAAAAUUAUUCAUUCACAUAUUUUGAGGCAACAUUUUGCAAAUAAUUUUCCUGGUACCACAGGUACAAAUAGAUUAUUUUCAAGUACAAGUUUCUUGAGAGCAGAAAUGGCGAAUUGUGGCGGAGGCGAUUCCAAUGAAUUCGACAUGAAUUACGAUCAACUUUUGGAGGCUCAAAAAAAUUGCGAUAUUUUGAUAAUUGACGUACGUGAACAUGCGGAAAUUGAUAAAACCGGAGCACUGCCGGGGAGCAUUCACAUUCCAAUGUGCAACGUUGCCGAUGAAUUGACAAAUCUUUCUGGCGACACAUUUUGCGAGAAAUAUAGUCGUGAUUUACCCUCGAAGGAAACGAAAUUGGUUUUCUCCUGUAUGUCCGGAAGGAGAAGCAGUAUUGUCCAAGAUCGAAUGAAAAAAUUGGGAUUUACAAAUGUUUACAAUUACAAAGGUGGUUGGAGCGAAUGGGAACAAAAGCAAAAGUGUCCUUAAGAAACCAAAUGCAAUGUACAAUUCCUUUAGAUUCGUGAAAAUAAUAAACACUCAAUUUAAAAUUCGUUUUUUGCAA